CCUGCUGUCGCUGACAGGCGGUGCUUCGGUCGCCCAAACAUGGCCUCCAUGACGGAGCGACCGCUUCAACUUUAAUUUUUCGCCAAUUUUCAGAGCAAAAACCGUCUUUUUUUCUUCCAUGAUCAACGGGAAUGAUUCGUCGGGAAAUCUUGUCAUGCCAGACUUAUGAGACGGAUGUUAUCUUUCGGAGAAGCUCGCUGUUGGAUUUAAACAGAUCGGUUUAAGUUGGCUGAAAGCUGGAGAGGAAAAAGAGAAUUGCAUCAAAUCAAAUGCCAUCUGAGGCUCAGUCUCAGGAGCCUCGGGACAGAGGACCGCCCCCUCCCGUCACUCGGGCCGGACGCAGCGCUCAGCUGGCCAAAGCAGCCGCUACUAGCCCCGCCCCUGAAAGGCGGCCUCGUGGGAGACCUCGGAAAGAUGGGAGCAGCGGCCGCUCUGCGCCUCCCACCCCUCCUCCUCCUCCUCCUCCUCCUCCUCCUCCUCCUCCAGCUCCCAAAUCAAGGAAGAAGGGGCGGAGUCGAGGCCGAGCCCAGGUAGAGGAUGAAGAGAGCAUGGACGCCACGGAGAAGAAGACCCCCCCAAAGACAGAGGUGAAGGAGACAUCAGGACGCCGUCGGUCCACCUCCAGGAGAAAAUCCAACGCAAACCCAGAACCCAGCCCGGACAGGCUCAGUCCAGACCCUGACCCCCCCGCUGCCCCAGAGCCCAGGCCAGAACCUGCUCCCAGUGCUGAGGAGGAGGACAGAACCAGCCCUGCUGCUGCCGCUGCCCCCCCGCUCCCUGACUGCAGCCCAGGACCGGCCUCCAGUUCUGGGGAAGAACCCCGAGUCAGCCCCCUGCCCCCCUCCCCAUCCCCGUCGCUGGACCGUAGCCCGGUUCACAGCCCCGCCCCCAGCCCCAGACCCGCUCCCCAUCCUGCAGAGGAGGACCGGCCCAGCCCGAGCCACUGCCCCGCCCCCAUGGAGGUGGACUGCAGUCCCAGCACUGUUCCCAUGGAGACCGAGGGGGGUGGGGCUAGUCCUGCGGAGCAGAGUCCCGCCCUGAGUCCCUGCUCGAGCCCUCCGGCCUCCCCCUGUCCCCAGCUGGAGGACGAGGACUCGCUGUCCCCUCUCUUCCAGCGCUCUCUGUCGGAGGACUCGGGGGCCUCGCCCACCCCCAGCCUGGGACACACCGAGAAACGUCUGAAACAGUGUGCCUUCUGUUACCGUGGCGACGAGCCUCCUCUGGGCCAGGGCCGGCUGGUGGUGUUUGGCCCGACGCCCGGCUACAUCCCGCUCCACAUCCUCAACCGCCGCACCUCCUCCGACCGGGACAGCGACUGCCACGACCACUGCUACCGUGGCAACCAGGCCCUGCCCACGUGCAGCAGUCCAGAACAGUGCGAGGAGGAGUCUUCCUCAGAGUUUGUGGAGCAGCUCGGAGCCAUCGGCCUUCCACAUGACAUCAACGUCCAAUCACUGUUCGACCCCACAGGUCAGUGCUGUGCUCACCUGCAGUGUGCAGCCUGGUCAGAGGGGGUGUGUCGCGGCGAGGGCCAAUCACUGCUCUACGUGGACAAAGCCAUCGACUCAGGAAGCACCCAGGUAUGUGCGUUCUGCCAUCGGCUCGGAGCGACGCUGCGUUGCCGGGAGACGGGCUGUGGGCGGAGUUACCACUUCCCCUGUGCUGCUGCCGCCGGAGCUCAUCAGGACUGGAACCAGAGACACACACUGUGUACAAGACACACACAAACAGUGUCUUCACAGUGUGUGUCGUGUUCAGGCGGCGGUGAUGUCAGCAGUCUGUUGCUGUGUUGUUGCUGUGGUAACUGCUACCAUGGUAGCUGCCUGGACCCCCCUCUGGACCCCUCCCCUCUGUGCCGGGUCGGCUGGCAGUGUCCUCAGUGUCGAGUGUGUCAGAGCUGCAGGUUGCGAGGGGAUGACAGUGUGUUGCUGGUGUGUGAGCGCUGUGAUAAAGCCUAUCACACACAUUGUCUCACACCACUUCUGGAGCACACACCCAGCACCGGCUGGAGCUGCAAGAACUGCAGAGUGUGCCGCCGCUGUGGUGUCAGGUCAUCAGGCCAGUGGGCCAAUCACCCAUUUUUGUGUGAAUCAUGUGACCCAGCCCUGCCCUGCCCUCUCUGUGGCCACGCCCCCAACCUCUACUCACCACAGGACUAUCUGACCUGUAUCUGCUGCUAUAGGUGUGUUCAUACAGAGUGUAUUGUCCAGACUGGGGAGGGCAGGGCAGGGUCUGAAGGUUAUGUCUGCUCCACCUGCAGGACUCAGGAGGAGGAGCUAAUCCCACACAGUCCUACCCCUGCCCUGCCACAUAGUCCCACACACCCACACAGCAUUUCACAGCCACCAGUUCCAAAUCAUACUGAGGCUCCACCCAUCAGUCCUACCGCUCAUAGCCCAGUCCAGCUCAUCUGCUCAGAGCCUGCACAGAGUCCUACCAAGACCAUCUGUACACCCUUGCAGCAAAGUCCUCCACCAUCUCACCCUGACCCCACAGAGCUCAAACAAAGUUCUACGACAUCUCGCCUGGACCCCACAGAACUCCAACAACAUCCUGCCCCAUCUCAUCCAGAUCCGACAGAGCUCCAACAAAUUCCCCUGCCAUCUCAUACUGAUCCCACAGAGCACCAACAAAGUCCUUCCCCAUCCCACGCUGACCCCACAGAGCUCCAACAAAGUCCUGCCCCAUCUCACGCUGACCCCACAGAGCUCCAACAAAGUCCUGCCCCAUCUCACGCUGACCCCACAGAGCUCCAACAAAGUCCUGCCCCAUCUCACGCUGAUCCCACAGAGCACCAACAUGGUCCUGCGCCAUCUCAAGCUGAUAGCACAGAGUUCCAACAAAGUCUUGCUUUAUCUUAUCCUGAUCCCACAGAGCUCCAACAAAGUCUUGCGCCAUCUCAACCAGAUGCCACAGAGCUCCAACAAAGUCCCCUGCCAUCUCACGCUAAUCCCACAGAGCUCCAACAAAGUCCCCUGCCAUCUCACGCUGAUCCAACAGAGCUGCAACAAAGUCCCAUGUCAUCUCAUGCUGAUCCCUCAGAACUCCAACAAAGUCCCAUGCCAUCUCAUGCUGAUCCCACAGACGUUCCACAAAGUCCUGCGCCAUCUCAUGCUGAUCCCACAGAGCUCCCACAAAGCCCUGCGCCAUCUCACACUGAUCCCACAGAGCUCCAACAAAGUCCUGCGCCAUAUCACACUGAUCACACAGAGCUCCAACAAAGUCCUGCUUUGUCUCACGCUGAUCCCACAGAGCAGCAACAAAGUCCUAUGCCAUCUCAUGCUGAUCCCAUAGAGCUCCAACAAAGUCCUGCGCCAUCUCACGCUGAUCCCACAGAGCUCAGACAAAUUCCUCUGCCAUCUCACACUGAUCCCACAGAGCUCCAACAAAGUCCUGCACCAUCUUCCGCUGAUCGCAGAGAGCUCCAACAAAUUCCUCCGCCAUCCUACACUGAUCCCACAGAGCUCCGACACAGUCCUGCACCAUCUGACCCUGAUCCCACAGAGCUCCAACAAAGUCCUGUGCCAUCUCACCCUGAUCCCACAGAGCUCCAAGAAAUUCCUCUGCCAUCUCACUCUGAUUCCACAGAGCUCCAGGAAAGCCCAACACCAUGUAAUUCUGAUCCUACAGAACAUCAGGAAAGCCAUGCCCCAUCUCAUCUCGGUCCAACAGAACUCCACCAAAGUCCUUUGCCAUCCCCUACUGGUCCUGCAGAGCUGCAGCAAAGUCCUACCCACGUGACUUCCAAGCAGGUCCAACAUAGUCCUCGUCAGGUCAGUUACACCCCCCCUAGCCCUACCCAGAAUUCCACAGAGGAUCAGCUUAUGGCCACAGAGGCUCAGCCAAGUCCUAUGCAGAGUAGUCCCAUGUCUUGUAGCCAUGCUCAUUCGCAGCACAGCCCUCCACCACACAGUCAGACCCAGGUGGGGUAUAGUCCUACCAGGUUUCAGCCAGGCUCUGCAGAGCUUAAUCAAAGCUCCUCACCACAUAGUCCAGAACAGGACAACAUUACACAGUCACAGCUCGAUAGAACAUGUAGUCCGACAAACAUCAUUACACAGCCUCAGCACAGUCCCCCACAAAUAGGAGAUAGUUCAACCCCAAGCAGUCCUGCACAAGUCUGCACAUCAUCUCCACAGAGUCCCACACAGCAUGCUGAACCUACACUGGACCAGGAGAGCCCUGGAUCAAGCAGCCCUGCUCAGCUGCCAUGUGAGGCUGCACAGAACAUUUCUACACUGGACCAGGAUGUCUCACCAGUCUACUUUACUUCCACCAGGACAGCAAGAAACCGUGCCUCGCUUAGGCCCAUUUCAGCUCCAUGUAGCCCCUCACCGUCCCCACUCAGACCCACUCGGUGUAGUCUGUCACAGCCUGCUAGCCCAGGGCAGGGCCAUUCUACAAAGCCUGAUAGCCUACUUCCUUUUCAGCUUGCUACACAGGCAAGAGUCACAAAGAGUCCAAACCUUGAUGGCCAUACACUGGAAAAUAGCCCUACAUCUCUUAGCCACACCUUGGACCUAUCCACAAUGCCUCCUGCUAGCCACUGCAUUGAUGACCAACCCCUAAACCAGCUUGGUCCUGUUCAGAGUAGCACGCCUAGCCCUGACCAAUCUAGCCCCCCUCAUGUCCCUGCUGUGCACACACCAGAAAGCCUUGCUCACAUUAGCACUUCAGUGGAACACAGUAGCCUAACUUCCUCACCUUGUGCUGAUGAAACGGAGGAAAUUCCUCCCACAGCCAGCCACAUUCAACAGAAUGACGACCCAUCACGCUGCAUAGAGGCUAUUGCAGAUAAAGCUAGCUCCAUCCACAUCCAAAAUAGGUCAGCUAGUGCUAGUCCCACUCAUGCCAGUGAAAUGCCUACUAGCCCUGUCGGCUCUCUUCUGGCCUGUGCUAGCCCCAUGCCCAUGGUGGCUAUCCCUGCCCAUGUUAGCCCUGUACCUGCUGAGACUACCCCCAUCACACAACCAGCUAGCCCUGUAACGCUAACAGACAGCUGCUCUGCACAACCAGUCAGCCCCUUAGCACCAACUGUUAGGUCCUCAACACAACUAGCUAUCCCCUCAGCAGCGGAUAGCCCUGUUCGCCCCGUUUUAUCUCAGAAUGAAGAGAUGGCGGUAGCUGUCGACCAUCCAAGUAGUUUUAUUCAUUCAGAAACUAGUCUUAGUCUUGCUAUCUCCACUCCUGACAGUCCACUUCAUGUUAGCCCUUCUCAUGCUACCACAGCCCACACAGACACUAACAGUGGCUGCAGUCUAAUUGGCUCCAUGCAUGUUCAAGAGAGAACAAGUCCCUCUGUUUGUAGUUUUACAGAGCUAACACAGACUAAUACAAGCCCCACACAUCACGAUCAGUCAAGUCCCUCACAUGUCCGAACUGUCUGCAGUCCUUCAGAGACUACUGCAGUGCAUAUGAGCUACCUUCCAACCCCAACUAGCUCUAGUCCUUCACACUGUAGGCCGACUGAUGCUAGCCCAGCUAGUAGUUCUGUUAGCCACAGUCUGAGCAACUUUACCUCAGACUGUAGUGGCCACACAAGUACCCCUUCUGCUAGGGUAACUGAUGUUAGUGUCAUCCACAGUCCACCUAGGUCUAGUCCUGCAGGUCAUGCUAGUCCUCUUCACAUUCAGAACACCUCGAGUAGUGCUCACUCAGGCCCAGUCCAAAGACAGACUCCCUCAUCAGCUAGCACGACACACAGCAGCCCUGCACAUGCUACUGUCGCUUGUGUUAGUCCUCCUUACAGUCCCACUCAGGCCAGUGAAACGUAUUGUAGCCCCACAGGUAGCCCCCAUUAUAACCCAGCUCCUGACACUGAAGUCAGUUCUGGAAUUAAUGUGGCACAGCUGAGAUCCACUUUGGCUAGAUCAAGUCUUGAUGUGGACACAGUGGCCAGUUCCAUAAUCCAGAGCGCUGUCCUUCCCAGUGCUUUUCACGUUGAUAUUGAUCUUGUUAAACCUACAGAUGGCUGUAGGCAGACUGGGCCAACACCUGCCAGUUCCCUACCUGACGGCUCAUUUGUUGUUAGCCAGGCUAGUGUGAGCCAGGUAGACCAGUCCCUAGCAAGUCCUGUCCCUACCCCUGCAAGGUCUGCUGUUGAAAGCCAACAAAGCACUGCCUUGGUAAGCCCCUUGCAUCAAGGACCAGCUACCCCUGUCGAUGCUACUUCCACUCAGGCUAGUCCUGGCCAUGCUAGCCCUGUCCAUUCUGGUCCCACUCAGGAUAACACUGCGAUGCCUAGUCCCCCAUGCUCUGCCCCCUCACAGGUUAGCCCUCCUCAGACACUCUCCUCUCACGCUUGUCAAGCUAGUUCUGUGCGCAGUAGCCCAGUUUCUAGUCCUGUUUGUGGCCCUUUGCAAUCAGGUGAUACACAGACUACCCCAAGUCCUGAUCCUCCCAGCCCUGUGCAACCAGAGGAUAGUCCAAGUCCUGAUCCUACCAGCCCUGUGCAACCAGAGGAUAGUCCAAGUCCUCGUCCCACCAGCACUGUGCAACCAGAAGAAAGUCCGAGUCCUGGUCCUACCAGCCCAGUGCAACCAGAGGGUAGUCCAAGUCCUGGUCCUGGUGGCCCUAUGAAUUGUGAGGCUAGUCCUGAUCCUUAUCAUGUUAGCCCUGUCCUUGCCACUCCUGUGCAGUCUGAAACCAGCCCUGGCCCUGGUCCUACUAACCCUGUAGGGCCUGAUCCUGAUUCCCAUCCUGCUCCUGCUAGCCUUUCUGUUCUUGGCCCCCAGCAACACACACAAACAGAGAGGGAAUCUGCAGCCACUGACGACGUCCCCAUUGUUGAGGAGCAGGAGGUGUUGGUGGAACAGAGGAGGACUGAAGAGGAGGAAGAGAUGAAGAGAGAAGCUCCACAGCAGAGGUCACAACAGGAGGAGGAAGAGGAGGAGGAGGGCCAGGAGCCUCCUCAGGAGAGUCCAGAAGAGGAGGAUUUAAAAAUGUUACACAUGAAACAUGGAGUCCAGCCUGUCCCGCUGGGAUGUGUCCUGACUGAAGACCAUCAGUCUCCUCCUCACAAUGCUGCUGCCUCCCCCCUCCUCCCACAGCCAGCUCCUGCCUCCCCCCAACCCACUACACCACACUCUGCCUUGCUCCCCCAACAGCUCUCCUCCACACCCUCAACUUCACCUCCUGCCUCCACCGUCCCCUCGUCACAGUCUCCUCCUAGAGCUGGUUCUCUGGAGGCCUCCCCCCCUCACAGAACUGCCUUACCCCUCUCCUGCUCCCCCCAUACUCCACUUCCUCCUUCCCCUCCGCUGGAGGACCGCCCCCAGGAAGAAGAACACACCAAUCAAGGCGAGGCCAAGACGGUGAUAGAGAACAUAACUCUGUCUUCUCACACGCCAUCGGCGGAUGAUGACAGCCAGUCACAGAGCCUGUUUGAACCUGUUGCUGUUGCAACAGAACCCACCAAAGAUAAGCACCAAUCACACGUUGAGCCUUCAGAGAGGGAGGAGGAGCCUCCUGAAGCACCAGAGCCAGCAGCAUCGGAUGUUGUGGCUGCUCAUGAGGUAGUUGCUGGUAAACAGCCAGUGAGGGAGAAACAGGAUGCAGAUGAGGAGAGGGAGGAGGGGGGAGUGAGUGAAGGGGUUGAUGAGGAGGAAGUGGAGGAGGCAACGAGGCAGGGCGCUGAGCAGGUGGACCAAUCAGAUGUGGAGGAGGAGCCAAUGAGCCCUGUGUUGGACCUGGACCCUUCUCUAGACAUGGAGGUGAUGGAGCUGAUGACCUCUUCAUCGCCUCCCCCUUCCCUCCUGCACCUCUCCUCCCCCAGCCCGCCUCCGGCCCGCCGGGGGAAGGGUCGGACUCUCAGGCCUCCUCCCUGCUCCUCCAGGCCUUCAGACGACCUCUCCAUCCGUCUCAGGCAGUCUCCCUUCUCCACCGAGGCCUCCCCUGAGACCUCCCCCACCAGAGUUCCCGUCACCCCACCCCCACUCUACCCACCCUCACCACCCCUCAGGUCCUCGCCCCCACCCAGGGAGUCUCCCCCUCUCUCAAAGCCUCAGGUUCCUCCCACCACUGUGCUCCCACUCACCCCUAAAAUCGGCAUGGGGAAGCCAGCCAUCUCCAAGAGGAAGUUCUCCCCUGGCAGAGCCAGGGUCAAACAGGGUUCGUGGUGGAGUAAUUGCAGGGCGGUGAGCCCCCCCUCGUCCUCCCAGGAUUCCACGGGGGAGGGAGGGUGGGACAGCCCUAAGCCCCGUCCACCGGACUCCCCCCUCUGGAGCAUGAGAGUGGGUCGUGGUUCAGGGUUUCCAGGCAGGAGGAGGUCCAGAGGAGGAGGUAUUGGAGGAGGAAGAGGAGGAAGAGGACGAAGCAGGCUGAAGACCCAGGACAGUGUGACUGUGUCACCAGGAUGUGGGUUUGUGGAGUCGGUCCAGGUGAAGGAGGAGGAGGAGAACUCGAUGCACAACACGGUGGUGAUGUUCUCCACCUCCGACCACUUCACCCUCAGACAGGACAUGUGUGUGGUGUGUGGUAGUUUCGGUCAGGGGGCUGAAGGCAGACUGUUGGCAUGUUCUCAGUGUGGACAGUGUUACCAUCCCUACUGUGUUAACGUCAAGAUAACGCGGGUCAUCCUGACCAAAGGGUGGCGCUGUCUGGAGUGUACAGUGUGUGAGGCGUGUGGCGAGGCCAGCGACCCCGGCCGACUGUUGCUAUGCGACGACUGUGACAUCAGCUACCACACCUACUGCCUGGACCCGCCCCUCCACACAGUGCCCAAAGGAGCCUGGAAGUGCAAGUGGUGUGUGUGGUGUGUACAGUGUGGCUCCACGUCUCCCGGGCUGCACUGCGAGUGGCAGAGUAACUACAGUCGCUGUGGACCAUGUGGCAGUCUGAGCCGCUGCCCGCUCUGUCAGAGACAAUACACACAGGACGACCUCAUAGUGCAGUGCCAGCAGUGUGACAGGUGGGUGCAUGCUGUGUGUCAAGGUCUGACCACUGAAGACGAGGUGGAGGUGGCUGCUGAUGAAGGCUUUAACUGUUCGCUGUGCAGAACACACGGCCGCAGCUCAUACGGGCGGUCAGACAGUUUUGAUUCUCCCUACAUGGCUCAGAUCAUCUCCAGGAUCAGAGAACCUGACACAAAGACGUACACUCAGGACGGAGUGUGUCUCACAGAGUCGGGUCUCUCUCAACUGCAGUCUCUGGUUGAACCGUUGACGUCACCGCGCAGGUACCGCAGGUGUAAACCCAAACUGAAGCUGAGGAUCAUCAACCAGAACAGUGUGUCCGUCCUGCAGACCCCACCUGACCCCAACCCCCCCACUGAGCAGGAACACAACAGAGGUGAGUUGGAGUGUGAAAUGAAAUCCGACUCCAGCCCAGAGCGAGACCACACCCACGACGAUGAUGUCACCAAGGAGCCUGAGGUUACCGAUGGCAACAAGAAGAGGAAGAGGAAACCCUACAGACCUGGUAUCGGGGGGUUCAUGGUGCGUCAGCGUGGAGGGAAGGCCGGUCCGAGUCGAAUCAAACUGUGCAGAAAAGAUUCAGCGGAGACGCUGGCGGGCCGAGACGAAGGCUUGUUGGACGCAGACGUUACCAUGGAGACGGCGCCCCCUGCAGACCAGACAAUGGAGAAGGUGAAGAAGAGAUACAGGAAGAAGAAGACGAAGCUGGAGGAGGCGUUCCCUUCUUAUCUACAGGAGGCGUUCUUCGGUAAGGAUCUUCUGGACCGGAGCCGGCAGGCGGACAAGAGGGCGGGGGCAGAUACGCCAGGCGCCAGCCAAUCAGGAGCUGCAACAGGUGUCGUGAAAGGCCCCGCCCCUGGCUUACAUGGCCCCUCCCCCUCAGGCCUGCCAGUCGGCGCCACGGCAACCAGCAGGAAGCAGGGAACAUUGCACAUGUCGGAGGAAGCUCUAAUGGAUCUGUCUGAUGUUCUGAACACUGACCCUCACAUACUGGCUACAGGACACACAGGUCAGUUCCAAGUGGAGCGCUCCCCCUCUCCGUUUGCCGGUCUGGACAUCGGCCCCAUGGCUGACGACCCCUCGUUGACCUCUGAGCCGACAGGAAGUAGUGGGCGUGGCCAGAGGGCGGUGCAGGAGGAGCCUUUGGAUGCCAUCCUGAGCCCUGAGCUCGACAAGAUGGUGACUGACGGUGCCAUCCUCAGCAAACUCUACAAGAUUCCAGAGCUGGAGGGGAAGGACGUGGAGGAGGUGUUCACCGCUGUCCUCAGUCCAAACAGCAGCAGCAACCAACCAGAGCAGAGCCAACGCACACACACUGCUGCUGGGAGCAAGACACACACUCAGCACACAGCAGCAGCCGGUGUGUUUCCUCGUCUCCCGGUGAUGAAUGGCCUGAUGGGAGCUGCUCCUCACUUUCCCAACACUCCCAUGAUGCCCAGCGGGGCCCCGGGUCCAGCAGGCUCCUUCAGGAUGCCCCCUCCUGAGGGCCCCACCGCUGCCCCCGCCCCCGGGCUGGCCUCGGCCAAUCAGGUGUCGGGGGAGGGCGAGCAGGAUGUGCUGUCGACGGCUCAGAGGAGCAUGUUGAAGUGGGAGAAAGAGGAAACUCUGGGAGAGCUGGCCACCGUUGCUCCGGUCCUCUACUGCAACACCAACUUCCCCCAGCUGAGAGAGCAGUAUCCUGACUGGUCCACCAGAGUGAAGCAGAUCGCUAAGCUGUGGAGGAAAGCCAGCUCUCAGGACAGAGCUCCAUAUGUGCAAAAAGCGAGGGAUAACCGGGCGGCUCAGCGCAUCAACAAGGUGCAGCUGUCCAACGAGCCACUCAAACGUCACCCGCCAUCACAGCCUCCGCCACCGCCGCUGCCUGGACCGUAUGACCCUGUUUCCAUGGAGACGGAGCUGGCGUUCAAGGACCCGCUGAGGCCCAAAGAGUCAGAACAGGAGCAGGAGUGGAAGUUCAGACAGGGAGAGGUAAAUGACAGAUGGGGAGCCGGUAAGAAGAGGCAGGAAAAUCUCCCCCAAAGCAAAGCCCUAAAAUCACCAACAGAUAAAGAUUGUCCCUACCAGGCAUCUGUAGCAGGAGGUGGCAAAGAGGCUCUGCAAAUGCGUCAGAAGAGCAAACAGCUGGCCAAGAUCGAAGCCACUCAGAAACUGGAGCAGGUGAAGAACGAGCAGCUGCUGCAGCAGAGACAGCAGCAGCUGUUAGCCAAUCAGAGCCCCAUGAUGACGACCCAGCAACCUGUCGCGGGGGGCAACGCCUCCCCUCUCCAGCCCAGGGAGGUUCAGGCCAGACAGCACCUCCUCCAGAGUUCAGGAUUGGCUGACGAUGUCUUCCUCAGACCCCAAGCUCCUCCCCCCUCUGGCUUCUCCUCACUUCCUCACUCCCCUCACUCCUCCUCACCCCUCCACCAGCCCCCAUCCUCCCCCCAGAUGUUCUCCCCACCCUCCUCCCGCCCCUCGUCACCCUGGGACCCCUACAGUAAGGUAGCUGGGACUCCGCGCCCCACCUCCUCCCAGGGAGGCGGCCUCCCUGCUCCCCAGCAGCAGCGCUGCAACUCCCUCAGUGCCUCCCCAGCCCAUGAUGCUUUUGGCUCCCCUGCCCCAUCCCCCGACUCCAAAACCUCCGACAUCUCCAGGGCGCUCGGACCCCAACAAGCACUGCAGCAGAGCAGAGCAGGUGUGAUGAGCCCCCCCUCUGGCUCGGCCCCCGACCAUCCAGCCAGACAUGUUGCCGUCCGAGCAGCUGAGACCUACCAGAGGACUCCUCAUAACAGCAGUAACAUCCGUGUAGCUGACUCGUACGGUCGGGCAGGUGAACUGGUCCAAGGUGGGGUGUUUAAAGCCCCCAUGCCUCCCCAGCACCAACCUCAGCAGGAGGUGUUUGGCAGCUCAGGAGGAGGAGUAAGGAGGGACCCAUCCAGACCCACAGACCUGGGCUUUGCCCUCCCCCAGUCGCAGGACCCGUCAUUUCCCUCCAGCCCACUGUCAGGGCUGAGCUCCCCCCACCGCAGCCCCUAUGCCCAGACGCCCGGCACCCCCAGAGCUGAUUACAGCCAGCAGAUUUCUGACCCCUUUGCCCAGCAGUCACCUUUGACCUCCAGGCCCUCACCUGACCCCUACACCAACCCCCAGACCCCUGGCACACCGCGCCCACAUUCUGACCCCACAUACCUCACCACGCCACCUGCCCUGCGACUGGACCAGUACAACCAGCAGUCAGCCAACUGUCGGCCGUCCCCCUCCCACCCAACUCUCGACCCGUAUGCCUCCAACCCGGGCACCCCCCGCCCCUCCGUUGGCGAGCGCUUCCCUCAGUCACCAGGGAGCCAGCGGAGCACCGAGCACUACGCCCAGCCAGCCGGUACACCACGGCCCUCACCGGACCCUUAUGCCCAGCAGCCCUCCACACCGCGGCCCCAGAAGGCCCCUGAGGCCUUCAGCCAGGCCCCAGCAGAGAGCUUCCCUCCUCAGCCUGCAAGGUCCGACUCCUCCCCUCUGGCUCCAGGUCUUUCUGGGGAGACGGUAACCUUCACCCAAACACACCACCAGUUGCAGCAGUCUCCAGGAAGACAACAACAGGACUCAUUUCCCAGAACCCCCAGCAGCCAGACCCCAAAGCACCCUGGGAUGUCAGAGGAGAUCGGCUUCACUGGCUUGGCCAGUCAGACUCCAGGGCACGACCCCUUCGAGCAGGGUCACAUGACACCAGGCCCCUCACAGACAGAUAAGACAGUAGCCAAUGAAAUGGCAGUGUUGAGUGUGGCUUCCUUAGAUGGACCAAUGAGCAUGCUUCCUCAGCUUGGUGACUCCGAGGAGAAGCUGAGACAGCGUCAGAGGCUCCGGCAGCUCAUCCUAAGGCAGCAGCAGCAGAAGAGUGCUCUGCGGCAGGAGAAAGGUCUGCAGGAACCACCUGCUGUUCCACCUGCUGCUCCACCGGGCCCCGCCACACCACGUCCCUGGUCCCAGGACCCCUCAUCCAUCUCCAACCCACCUCCAGCAGACUUGUUUGGGCGUCCCCCGCCUCCUUACCCCGGCACAGUGAGGCCUGCUGGGGCAGCUGGAGCUCCUGCUGGAGCCCCGCGGUUUCCUGGAGGUUUCCCAGGGGAGCAGCAGAGGGGCUUCCUCCCCAGUGAGGCUCCCUUCCCCAGGCAGAGUCUCUCCAGGGAGCUGGGAGUCCGAGGACCAGCCCUGAGGUUUGGUGUCCCUCCUGGAGCUCCAGCUGGCCUUCAGGACACCUUCCUGCGGCCUCCCCAGGGUUCAGUGCCUGGUGCUGGGCUCAGUGCAGCGGAGGGAGUCCCUGUCCAGAUGAGAAGGCCGAUGCCCGGUGAGUUCACCGGCAUCCGACUCCUCGCCGCUCCUAAUGCUCACCAACACAUGAUGCCAGCCGUCCCCCAGCCCUUCCUGUCCCGCUCCCUCCCCAUCCAGCAGCACAGCAUCAUGGGACAACCCUACAUCGAGCUUCGACACCGCGUCCCAGAGAACCGUCUGAGGCUGCCCUUCUCGCUGUCCGCCACCCAGGACCCCGAGGCCUCGCUGGUGCACCCCAGAGACCCCCAGCUGUCACCGGCCAGGCCCGGUCCGGGGGCCAGGAUGGGUGAGGGGGCCCUGGGCCAGCAGAUGCUGCUGACGGGCGGCGUGGAGCAGCUGAACCAGCAGGAUCAGCGGCACCUGGGCCACGUAGCAGAGUCAACACUUUCUGGGGCUGAUGGGAUAGAGGAGCACCUAGAGGGGGAGGACUCGGCCGUGAAGGAUCUGGAGGACGUGGAGGUGAAAGAUCUGGUCGACCUCAACCUGAACCUCGAUCCUGAAGACGGUAAAGAAGACCUGGACCUGGGUCCUAAUGACCUCCACCUGGACGACUUCCUGCUGUCGGGGAAGUUCGACCUGAUUGCCUACGCCGACCCCGAGCUCAACCUGGAGGACAAGAAGGAUAUGUUCAACGAAGAGCUGGACCUGGGGGAGCCGAUGGAGGAGAAGGAGGGAGGGGAGAGGCGGGACCGAGUGGGCGCCCCCCCCAGAAAGAUGGAUAAUCACGCCCACCUGAUUGGUCAGGUCAAACAAGAAGUGGAGGAUGGCGUCAAGACAGAAGCCCAGCACCCCUCACCACAACCUGGGCUCAUCACCACCAGAAGACUCCCAGGAGCUCCAGGAGCUCCAGGAGCUCCAGGGACCGCGGCAGCAGGAUCCAGCCUGCCUGGUUCCAAGGAGAAGCUGGAGGACUCUGGUUCUGCUUCAGGGGUCCUGUCUGCUCUCCAGGCCCAGGAGCAGGCUCUGUCCUCGGGCACGGCUCCCGGAGUUCACCCCCCCAUGGCUGGAGGGCAACCGGCUGUCUUCCAGCAACAACAGAGACCAUCCGGGCCCCCCUCCGCCCUCCUCACCCCUCAGGGAACCCCUGCCCCACCUCACCCGCUGUCCCUCCUCGUCAGCCCCCAGACCCAGACCCAGACCCAGACCAAGCCACUGCUCCUGGAUGAGCAGCCGCUCCUCCUGCAGGAUCUCCUGGACCAGGAGCGCCAGGAGCAGCAGCAGCAGAAACAUAUGCAGGCCAUGAUCAGACAGAAGUCCAGCUCAGACCCCGUGUUCCCAAACAUGGCAGACUUUGACUCCAUCUCAGACCCCAUCAUGAAAGCCAAGAUGGUGGCUCUGAAGGGCAUCAACAAGGUCAUGACUCAACAGGGCAACCUGGGACUCAACCCCAUCGUCAUCAACAGGUUCCAGCAGGCUCCGGGGGCCCCGGCUCCGGCCCCAGAGGGGACGCCGCAGCCUCCACACCUGCUGGGACAGGUGCAGGUGCAGGUGCAGGUGCAGGACGGGAAGUUGAACCCUCAGCUGGUGCGACCCAACCCUCCCAGCUUCGGCCCGGGCUUCGUCAACGAGUCUCAGCGGCGGCAGUACGAGGAGUGGUUGGGGGAGACGCAGCAGCUCCUGCAGAUGCAGCAGCGCCUCCUGGAGGACCAGAUCGCCGCCCAUCGCAAGACCAAGAAGGCUCUGUCGGCCAAACAGAGAACGGCCAAGAAGGCCGGCCGGGCGCUCGGCGAGGACGACGCCGCCCAGCUCCGCUACAUCACCGAGCAGCAGGGCACGGUGCAGAAACAGCUGGAGCAGAUCCGGAAGCAGCAGAAGGAUCAUUCGGAGCUGAUCGAGGACUACAGGACCAAACAGCAGCAGAGAGUUCUGCAACAACAGCCGGCUGCCCCCCCCAUGAUGCCGGCGGGAGGAGCAGCCCCGAUCCCCCAGACCCUGCUCUCCCAGCCUCCCGUUCCCAUGCAGCCCCACCCGGGCGGCCCCGCUCCGACCAGACUCCCGAACGUCCCCCCCGGCUGGACCCCGGGGGGCGGGGCUCCGGGGGUGAUGGGGCAGAGGGUGCCGCCUCUUCUGCCCCCUCAGAUGCCCCCUGCCCUGCCUAACACCCCCCAGGCUUCACUACACACACAGACCCCUCCGGCCAUGGUGCCCAGCCUCAGCGCUCCGCCGGCGGGCUUCGCUGCAGGGCCACGGGGCCCCGCUGGAGGGUCCAACGGAGCAGCAGGGGACGGAGCCGCCGCCGCACCUCAGGUGAAGUUUGACGACAACAACCCGUUCAGCGAAGGUUUCCAGGAGAGAGAGAGGAGAGAGAGGCUGAGAGAGCAGCAGGAGAGGCAGAGAGUUCAGCUCAUGCAGGAGGUGGAGCGCCAUCGAGUCCUGCAGCAGAGGCUGGAGCUGGAACAGCAGGGCCUCCUGGGAGCCCCCCCGGGUCCUGGUGCUCGAGUGGGGCCCCCUCCGGGUCCCGGAGCCCCCCCUGGGGAAAGUCUGUCCCAGUUGCCCUUCUUUAGCUCUGAGCUGCCCCAGGACUUCCUCCAGUCCCCCCCGGCCUCCAGACCUCUCCCUCCCCUCCAGGGCCAGGCGGGGGCCCCGUUCCUCCAGCAGGGCUUUACAGGAGGGCCCCUGCACCCUGGAGCUCACCCAGCUCCAGGUGUAAUGCCUGGGGCUGCAGAGCGGGGAAGAGUCCCUCCUGAGCACGGACCCCCCAUGGAUAUAGCUCCCUCCACCCUGCAGACCAGACCGAGACUCCCUGGCCCCGCUGGGCCCUCUGCCCAGGGACAGGUGCACCCAGCUGGGAUCGGAGGUGCAGGUAUCACCCCCUCACAUCCUGGAGGUCAGGGUCAUCGAUUUGAUCACGACUCCUCCUCUUCCUCCCCCUCUACCCCCCUCCCCCCAUCCUUCCCCUGCUCCUCCUCUGGAGGCCCCGCCUCCCUCCUCCAGCUCUACUCUGACAUCAUCCCUGAAGACAAACCAAAGAAGAAGAGGAGCAGGAAGAGGGAUGGCGAUGACACCACAGGCGGAGCCAGGACACCACUGUCCUCUCACUCUGAUGACAUCACAGCCCCGCCCACUCCAGCUGUCUCAGACACUUCCUGCUCCACACCCACUCGGGGCAGCGUGGACCUAUCAGAUCUUUCCUUCCCACAGAGUUCCUCCCUCUCCGGUCUGCCUCCAUCGUCAGAGCUGGAGAGGCAGCUGUCCGUCAGCUCUGCCCAGGAGAGAGGCUCCCUGUCGGGCAUGGAGGCUCAGAGAGGCCCCCUGUCGGGACUCAGUCUGGAGGUCAAGGAGGAGCGGGAGGAGCGCGGAGCCUGCGGCGGAGGCAUGGUGAAGAUGGAGGAGGGUGAUGGAUUCUGCUCUUCGCCUCUCCACGGGGGAGGGAAGGAGGGAGACGGAGGGAAGGAGCUGCUCAGACACCUGCUGAAGGACAAAGCCUCUCCGGCCACCACGCCGUCGCCCACCGGCCAGGUUCCGCCUGCCGCCCGCCGCCAGCUGUCCAAUGAGAGCGUCCGGUCCGAGGAGGAGGACAGACCCGGUUCCCAUGGCAACGUGAUGAUGCUGGACAGUCCGGGUCGGGACCUGGACUCCUCGGGAAAGAAGAAGCCUCAGCGCUGUAAGAGAGUCGCACGGCCUGACAAAGACAAAGCUCCUCCCAAAAACAAGAGGAGGAAGAGAGAGGAGGAGGAGAAGACGCUCAACGCCUCCUCCUCCGACCCGCUGAUGACUCACCUCAGACAGCUCUCGGUGCUGCCCCUCAUGGAGCCGGUUCUGGGGGUGGAUCUGAGUCUGUUCCCCCCCUACGGCAGCUCGUCUCUGGGCAGAGACUCCAGGCUGAGCGGCUCCUUCGGUAACGCCUGCCUGGACGGAGUCACAGACUACUACUCCCAGCUCAUAUACAAGCAGAAUAACCUCAGUAACCCCCCCACCCCUCCAGCGUCCCUGCCCCCCACACCCCCGCCUGUCGCCAGGCAGAAACUGGUCAACGGCUUCGCCACGACAGAGGAGCUGAGCAGGAAGGAGCUCAGCGAGCAGGACGUGAAAGGUGUGUCCGGUCUGAAGCAGAAAGGGGAGGAGCUUCUGGCACUAAACCACACCUCCAAGACAGUAGACGUCCCCGCCUCCCUGCCGACUCCGCCCCACAACAACCAGGAAGAGCUCAGGGUCCAGGACUCGUCGGGGCGCAGCAGCCCAGACGGCUUCGUCCCGUCGUCGUCUCCGGAGAGCGUGGCGGACAUGGAGGUCAGCAGAUACCCCGACCUCUCCUUCAUCAAACUGGAGCCCCCCUCGCCCUGCCCCUCGCCUCCAAUACCCAUCAUGCCCUGUGCCUGGGGGAAAGGCUCUGCAGUGAAACAGGAAGUGAAGGCGGAGCCUAACCAUCAGGGUCCUUCCUCCUGCUCUAGCACAGACCUGGUUACCAUAGCGAUCACCUUGAACCCAGUCGCUGCUCAGAACGUCACAGGUGUCAUGGCGGCGGUGGCGGAACUGCUGAGGGUCCCCGUCCCCAACGACUACCAGCUGAGCCGAGCCGGGGGCCUCGAGCGCAGCGCUCUGUCCCUGCUGGCCGGCGUCCGAGUGCCGCUGCCUCAGGGUGCAGCAGGCAGCAGACAGCAGAGACCUCCACCAGCUGCUGGAAUCACUGGCGUCAGGAUGGACUACAGCCAACAUGGCGGCUCUGCUACUGGCGCUACCAGGCCUCAGUGUUGCAGCUACUGCAAGGUGCUGCUGGGUAAUGGAGUUCGCAUCAUCAAGGAGCUCAAACAGGAGGGUCAGUCCAGACCAGGAUCCAGCCUGGUUUUCUGCAGUCCGGACUGCUCUGCUCUCUACACAUCUGGCCUGCAGAGCAGAACAGCUGGGAACAAGUGUGCCAGCAGAGUGCAGCAUCAGUACGCCAACAACAUGUCCUCCAUCGCUGUGCACUCCCUACCCACCUCCCCCCCGUCCCCUGCCUCCCCCGCAGUCACCACGGAGACCAGGCCCCGUAUGGACAGCCUAAAGGUGAAAGUGAAGUUGAAGCCCCGCCCCCGUGCGGUCCCAGGAGGAGACGACUCACCGUCGUCUCGACACGGGAAGAAGGUCAAGAGUUCUCGCUGGAGACGUUGGAGUGUUAACAUCACUCUGACCAGGGGUCCUUGCAUAUCCAGUGAGGUGGUUGCCAUGCCGACAGAGGCAGAAGUGGACGUGCUGUUGGAGAAAUUGGGGGCGUGUCUUCGUCCUGACCCGUUGCCUAGAGACCAGCGGAGGUGCUGCUUCUGUCACCAGCUGGGAGACGGACCAACUGAUGGACCUGCCAGACUGCUGAAUCUGGACCUGGACCUCUGGGUCCAUCUGAACUGUGCUCUGUGGUCCAGCGAGGUGUACGAGACUCAGGCUGGUGCUCUGAUCAAUGUGGAGCUGGCUCUGAGACGCGGUCUGACGCUGCGCUGUGCUCACUGCCAGCAGACCGGAGCCACCAGUGGCUGCAACCGGCUCCGCUGCACAAACACCUACCACUUCACCUGCGCGCUGCAGGCGCGCUGCACUUUCUUCAAGGAUAAGACGAUGCUUUGCCACCUCCACAAGCCCAGGAUGGUUCCUCUCGGCGGGGACAGGUCCACCAGUGGCUCCCCCUCCUCCACCCCAGGGCCCACCCCUGACCCCGCAGCGGUGAUGGCCUCUGACCCGUACGACUCUGAGCUGCGCUGCUUCGCUGUGUUCAGGCGGGUGUUCGUGCAGCGAGACGAGGCACGGCAGAUCGCCGCCGUGGUGCAGCGUGGCGAGCGGCAGCACACCUUCAGGGUCGGCAGCCUGCUGUUCCGUGCCAUCGGAAGGCUCCUCCCACAGCAGAUGAACGCCUUCCACAACAAGACCGCCAUCUUCCCCAUCGGUUACCAUGCCAACCGCAUCUACUGGAGUAUGCGCCACAGCAGCCGACGCUGUAAGUACAUGUGCUACAUCGAGGAGGAGGACGGCCGGCCGCUGUUUAAAGUGAAGGUGGUGGAGAAGGGACACGAUGACCUCAUACUGACCGGACCAACACCUAAGGCUGUGUGGGAUCAGAUCCUGGAACCAGUGUCCCAGAUGAGAUCCUCCAGUGGGACUCUGAAACUCUUCCCAGUUUACCUGAAAGGAGAAGAUCUGUUUGGUCUGACCACGUCUGCAGUCAGCAGGAUAAUCGAGUCUUUACCAGGUGUGGAGGCCUGUGAGCGCUACACCUUUCGUUACGGCAGGAAUCCUCUCAUGGAGUGGCCUCUGGCCUUCAACCCAUCUGGGUCGGCCCGAUCUGAGCCCAAAGCCUACCAGGCCAAGAGACCGUACCUGUUGACCAGCAUCGCUCCCAGGUGUCAGGGGUCGGUGGGCUCCAUUGUCGGCCUCGUUCCCGGCGUCAUCUCUCUGUCGCCAGGCGAGUCUGUGGCUGGAGCUCAUCAAGGCCGCCACUCCAAGUCAUCCCAGUACCGACGCAUGAAGGCCGAGUGGAAGAGCAACGUCUACCUGGCUCGCUCUCGCAUCCAGGGUCUGGGUCUGUACGCUGCCAGAGACAUCGAGAAAUGCACCAUGGUCAUUGAGUACAUCGGCACCAUCAUCAGGAGUGAAGUAGCCAACCGUAAGGAGAGGCUGUACGAGUCACAGAACCGCGGUGUCUAUAUGUUCCGCAUCGACAACGACUUUGUGAUCGACGCCACCAUCACUGGAGGACCUGCCAGGUACAUCAACCACUCGUGUGCUCCCAACUGCAUCACCGAGGUGGUUACCGUGGAGAAGGAGAACAAGAUCAUCAUCAGCUCCUGCAGACGCAUCCAGAGAGGAGAAGAGCUGAGUUAUGACUAUAAGUUCGACCUGGAGGACGAUCAACAUAAGAUCCCGUGUCACUGUGGAGCCGUCAACUGCCGCAAAUGGAUGAACUGAACACACACACACACACACACACACUGGCAGCUCGCUCGCUCGCUCGCUCUCUGUCUCUCUCUCUCUCUCUCUCUCUCUCUCUCUCUUCUCUCUCUCUCUCUCUCUCUCUCUCUCUGUCUUGGUGCUGAAGCUGGAUGUCGAUCGCCCAACACUCUGUGGGCGUAGUUUGACAGUUGAGUUUCAUAUCAGAAGUAUAAUAAUAAUAAUAAAUCUGAUCAAUCAGCUUUGAUCAGAGAGGUAAUAAUCAUGGGGGGAGGGGUCAGUUAACCUGAGGGGGGGUUUAUAAAGAGGCUGGUCCUCCGUGUAUAUUGGGUGUAAAAAUGACCACAGAUGUAAAUGUGAGUGUAAACGCCACUGAAAUGUCAGAACGUCGUCGUCCUCAAAGGGAGGUUUAUUAACUUGCACUAAAACAAACAAGACUCAAACAAAAACAGAGAAAUUCCUCGAGAAACAUACUUGAUUCUGUGAGUCAGCGUGUUGCUUUCUUCCUCCUCCUCUUCCUCGCUUUUUGUUAAUUUCCCUGUAAGAUAAGAGAUUUUUUUUUUUUGUUUUGUUUUGUAUUUAUUACUGAAUGAAGCUAUUUUCUAAAUCGACGGUGAGUUCGGGGUCCGGAGUCGCAGCAUGUAAAUAUUUGUACCAUAAAUUUAAAAAAAAACAAAGUUUAGAAAUCACUCCACCGAGAGCUACCUUAACAUCCUCAUCCUCACCUUCAUCACCUGCCCAUCGGAGAGUUUUACAUUGAUAAUAAAGUUUCCUGUCCCGGCGGUGGAGGCGGUGCGUUCUGAUUGGACGAAGACUGUGAACAGACUAAAUGCUUCCUGAGUGUCGGGCAGGUUUCACUGCGGCCUUCUUUUGAGUUUUGUGUCUUUGUGUUUUUUUCACCCAGCGUUUUGGCUGCAGGCGUCUGUGUGUUUUUACUUUUUGUCACUUUGUGCUCAGAGUCCUGCUGCCGUGUACAUACGAGGUUUUAUCAGGACUCUGCUGAUGUGUACAGUCAGUCGACAUGAAGCCUUUUUUUUUGUUUUUUAUUAUUGGACGUAAACAGUGUGAUGAUGAUGAUGAAGAUGUUUGGUUUUUGUUUUGUUUUUUGGGGGGAAAAUGUUGAAUCUGAUUUAGAAUCAUUUACAGAAAAUAAAAUAUUUUACAUCUUGAAGAAGCGA